GACGGCGGCGGCGGCAGUGGCGGCGGCGACCGGUGGUGGUGGUGGCAUCGAAUAGGGAGAAACCUGGCCCCUGAGUCCGAUCUGUCCUCAGUUCCCAUGCGAGUCUCCGCUCGGUAUCGUCCAAGAGGCACGACCGGAUCCUCUCGAGCGGUGUCAUGUCGCGCAUCAGCCGCCUCUAACUAAGCGGAGACUCCAGAGGCCGGCGAAGCGUGUGUGCGUGAGAGUGCGUGCAGACUCGCGCGCGUGACUCUGUCUCUCUCUCUCUCUCUCUCUCUCUCUCUCUUUCUUUCUCUCCUCCCUUCCGGACAGACCGAUCUUCCGAGGAAGAUCCCGAAGAGCGACGAUAUCGUCAUGCUGUCCGCCAAACUGAUACUUGUGGCGACGACGCUGCUCGUCGCCGCGACCUUGGCCAAAGAGGAGGGUUCGUCGUCGAAGAGCCGCGACAAGCGGCAGCAGCUGGCCUUCCACCUGCGCAAGGGCGGCCGCCUGCCGCCGUACGCGGUGCAGAUGGAGCCGAUAGUGCAAUACUCCCAGCGGGAUCCCCUGUACAACCCGUUGGCGAGCCCGAAAAGCGACGACCUGUACGAGGAGACUCCGCUGAGCUACUACCCGACGGAGUCCGAGCCGAUCAUCGAGAUCAUCAUCAAGGAGUCCAACGAGUCCCUGCCGACCCCGGUGCCGCCGACGGCGCCGACGCAGGCGCGGCCGACCAAGGAGCCGAUCCAGGUGUUCUACGUGAAGUACGAGAAGAAGAAAGGCUACGGAGACAAGACUCGGGUGGUGUACGAACCGCCAGUUCCGGCGCUCACGCCGGUGGAGGAUCACGAAGUGAUCAAGCCGGACGACUCGGCAUCUUCGCAGCCGGAGGAGCCGGCGUACACGGCGACGCCGGCACCGGCGCCGGCGGAGCCAUCGACGACCUUGCGCGCCAUCAUCAGGCCCGACAGCGAGGUAUAUCAUUCCGGCAGCAGCGGCAUCCGCGUGACCUUCGGCACAGAGCAGUUGCCGCCGAAUAGCCACAACAAACGCAGCGACCUCGAGGCUCCGGUCGCACAAAGGAGCAGGCCGACCGCGUCGCCGGGCACGCCUAAGAGACAACACGGCCCGUACCAGCCGCUGCAGCCGGUACACCCUGGCCGACUACCACCCGCGUUCCCGCAGCAGCGCAUCGUUAAUUCGGCGUUCGUUCCGCAGCAGGCGCUGCAGCAGUCGCCGCCGCCGCCGCCGCCGAACUUUUUGCAUCAGCAGCAACAGCAACAGCAACAGCAACAGCAACAGCAUCAAGCGUUCCAACCGCCGCAGCAGCCGUUGCUGAGGAACCCAUCUCUGCCGCCGCCGCCACCACCACCGCCAACACCGAGGCCACCGCAACGCCACCCGAUCACGAUCCAAGGCUUGCCGGAGGUGCAACAGCGCGCGCCGUUCAGCAACUUCGGGCCGCCGCACCGCGUCAGUAUCAAUCAUCCACAGCAACCGGGUUUCCCACCGACUCUGUCAGUGUCGCAUCAGAGCGUGCACCUGCAGAAUCAGCCGUUGCCGCAGAGCAACUUCAACGGCGAACCGCCGCAGCAACCGUUGCCCAUCAGCAGGCCGAGCAGCUUUAACGGGGAGCUACCGCCGCCGCAGUCGUUACCGGCGUUCAAGCAGCAGGAGCAGGAGAAACAGCGGUACCAUGAACAACGGAGGCAGCAGGAGUUGUUGAAGCAACGGGAGCAUCAGCGGCAACACGAGCAGCAACGGUUUCAGGAGCACCAACGAUUGUUGGAGCAGCAGAGGCAGAUCGAACAGCAGCGAUUGGUCGAGCAACAAAGGCAGCAGGAGCAGCAGAGGCUGCAGGAGCAGCAGAGGCUGCAGGAGCAGCAGCGGCUGCAGGAGCAGCAGCGGCUGCAGGAGCAGCAACGCUUGCAGGAACAGCAACGCUUGCAGGACCAGCAACGCUUGCAAGAGCAGCAGCGGCUGCAGGAGCAGCGUCUACAGGAGCAACGCAGGCGAAAGCAAGAGCAAGAGCAGAAGCUUCUGCAAGAGCAGCGGUAUCGCGCGCAGAUCAAGUACAAUCAGGCGCAGUUGGCGCCGCAACAGCCAGAAGGUGAGAUUUUCAAGGCAGUGCCGAAGCUGGAACAACAUUACGCCAUCAGGGAGAAUCCCCUUCAUCCCGGCCCUUUCCCACCGAAUCCUACGGUAGUGCAACCUCCGACCACGUUCGCAGAAAUCUCGCCGAGCCAGUACGUCUCCGCACAACCGCCCAAUGCUCUCCACGAUUCUCAGCAACUCUCCAGGACACCACCGAGCCAUUUCGUUACUGCCGACACCCUGCAACAUCACCAGCAUCAACAGCAUCAGCAUCAGCAUCAGCAUCAGCAUCAGCAUCAGCAUCAGCAUCAGCAUCAGCAUCAGCAUCAGCAGCAGCAGCAGCAGCAGCAGCAGCAGCAGCAGCAGCAGCAGCAGCAGCAGCAGCAGCAGCAACUGCAGCUGAACACGAAACAUCAGCCUUACCAAGCGACUCAGCAAAGUUUCCUCUCGCAGAACCUGCCGGCGCCAGAACAACGGCCGCACACGGCUCCACUUCAGCAACAAUCGAUAUGGGGAGGCCGACCGGCGGUGUACCCGAACAACGGACCGAAGAUUUACGCGACGCCGGUGAGUCCCUCCGACGACUUCAACUCACCGUCGGGCAUCAGGACUUUCUUGCCGACCACGGCGACGCCGACGACUACGUCUGUCACAACUACCAGUACCAUCACCACUACCACCGAGGCGCCAAGCAGCACGACGCUCUCCCCGAAGAAGGUGGCUAAAAUCAAGGAGAACAUCGCCAACUUACCGGACGAAGUGCCGGACGAUAUCAGGGAGCAGUUGCUGAGCUCCGGUAUUUUGGGCAACGCCGACAUCCAGAUCCUCGACUACGACAAAAUCGGCGACAUUCCGAUCGAGAAACUACCGCCGGAAGCCUUGGCGAAUUUCUACGGCGCCGGAGGCGGCGCCGCCGUUGCCGCCGGCAGCGAGCCCGUGCCGGCGAUCGUGAAGAGUCCGAAGACGACGACGACGACGACUCAGCAGCAGCAGAUCGCGCCGAAGAAGGCGAUAGCCGUCACUACUGGCACCACCGUCUCCACCAAGUUCGAGCAAGCCACCUUGCGGCCCGGCGGCGUGGAGAUGAAAGUAAUACGCUUCGAUCCGAAUACGGAGCAAGGCCGGGCCGUGGCGGAGCAGCAUAUACGGGACGACGCGACCCAGCUCGAGCCGGUGUCCGUGGGAGCGCGCGACAGCGCCCAAUACAAUCGUUACCUGCCGCUCAAAGUGAGCGGCGCGUCCUUCCCGAUCCCGGACGUGCCAGAGCUCAAUGGCCGUAAGAUCUCGAGCGUCGUGGUGCUGGCACCCGUCGACUACGACUUUCCCGAGGAGAGGGAGAUCGAGCUGUCGCGGCAGGGCAGGAGGGCCAGUGACGCGCAGCCGAUCAGGUUUCUCGCCGGCGACACCCUCAAGCAGCUCGUGAGGAAGCCCACCACAGAGAACUACAAGAAAUGGCUCGACCAGGAGAGCCGCACCGAGCCGGAGCGGCAGUCGGUCGUGCUCCUGGUGACCAUGCCAAGAAACGGCGGUCAGGGUGACAAGGAGAUCUUCAUGUAUGAUGUGACCUUCCGAUCCGUCAGCAAACUGGCCGGCGAUCUCUCGACGGCCUUCGUGGAUGCCGCAGAGAGCAACUCGGACGGCACUGGCUCCAUCGACGACUCAUUCUCGGCUCUAUAACUAUGAUUUUAUCGCGUAAAAACGAAGCUACUUCAAGAUAUGACAGAAAAACAACAUUCGUGGUCGUGCGCGAAGUAUCUCUCUCGUUUGGAGAUUCCGUUAUACUUUUAUUGAAUACAUCAUAUGACAGCUGAGAGGAAAGGGAGGAGAGAGGAAUUUAUUUUUUUUACAUCAUGGUGCAAUCAUUUUUUCUAAACGGCUGAAAGCAAAUUAUAUUUUGUAAUUCUUUUGUUGUCACAAUCGCUUGUGGAAAUAGAAAAAAAGAAGAAACUCUAAAUUAUUUCGAAUACACGCGGUCAUGAUUAUAAUAAACACAGUAAUGAAAAAAUGUAUGAAGAUAAGAAAUUUGUCGGAAUGUUGUUUAGUCUCCUGACGUAUUCUUGUCGCAACUACGGCAACAGCAAUGGAUGUCAAGAUGAGGAUAAAGGACUGCCACGUGGCAAAUAGUUUUGAAUUCAUAUGUAUCUAUGUAGAUAUCUUAAUUAUGUAUUAUUAUGUAUAUAUAAAUGAUUUUGUACUUUUUUAUACAAAAUAAAACGCAGUCUUCCCUGAUGUUCACGCUAAUAUAUUUACUACAUAUAAGAAAAAAUUCAUCUUGCGCUAUUUAAUCGACAAUCAAGAUGCAGGAAAAAUUAA